UUUUAUGGACAUCCACAUGACGGUGGCUUAAGUCAUGACAUGAGUGUGAUGUGAUACAGGUGUCACAUCCCCUCCACACGACGGAAAAAAGUCCUCUGCCCUGUCUGCUGGCGCCACGUUGAAACCCUCACACACACGUAUCCCACUCAAUGAACCAACCCAUCCAAUACGUGACAAACCGCUGUCAGUCCCGCUCCCCAAACCCUCUCCUGCCGCUGCUGCUGCUGCUGCUGCUGGUGAUCUGCCCCCUCUCCCUGCUAUCUCGUUGUAACGACCCCCAGCCGGUCUGUAUCAAAGCUGACGGCAGCGUCUGAGGAAUGGCCAGCCCGGGCGGCGGCGCGGGGGGCGGAGAACCGCUGAAGAUCUUGGACACCUGAGGGGCGGCAUCAUCGACACACGGCGCACACAUCACAAGAGAGAGAGAAAGGGGUGAGUUCUCGUCACUCACUCACCCUCUCAUAGAGGGCCAUCUGGCUCGGCUGGAACUGGGCGGGCGCCUGCGUGGCUUGCCUCUGCACUCCUUCAGCCUCGCCGUUCCCCUCCUCCGACCCACCAGCCGACUCGACAUAGUGGUCCCCUUUCCUGACCACACCACCAGCAGCAGCACCAGCAGCUGGAGCAGUCUGGCUCCCCAGCUUGCCUGAUGCGCGGUUGUAGUCGACAACCGUCUCGGCGUGCCGCUCGAAGAAGGCAAGGAGAGGCUCCUUGUAGGCAGUCACCUGUGGGGUCAGCGGCAUGCAGACAGAGAGAGAGAGAGAGAGAGGUGCGCAUGGGUGGAUCCCUUGGUGGAUCAGUGUGCUGACCACUGCGAGGUAUCCGGCCACAAAGCAGCUGACAGAUGAUACGAUGGUCGCCAGACGGACGUGACGCGACCCUGCACUCGCGCACACACGACAUGUGCAUUCACUCAGACACACCCACAUUCUCCCUCAUCUAUAUUCUAAGCUUACGUGUUGCCUUCAUGGCCCAGUAUGUGAAUGUGCCACCAAAGACGGCCCCUCCCAUCCCGUAGGUGACCACCUCGGCGCCCAGGUGCUUGAGGAACUCGAUGUCGGAUGGCCUGAAGGGCUCCUCCGGUGUGUAGCGCCACCUCUUGUCGCCCUCUGCGAGCUCCCUUUGCUUGUCCAGCACCUUGUGAGGCGCCAUCGCCCGCUUGCUCGACGGAGGGGGCAGCGACUGGUGCACGUGGAACAACACACAGGCAGACAGGCAGAAGCGCAUCAGACUGGAUGGAUUCAUGGUCUUUCUGGUGGUGUGCGACGGAUGGGCCAUGAAUUGCAUGCUGCGCCCGUGCUGGUGUGCUUGUGUCUGGGGGUGUGUUGCUUACGAGGCUGUCCCAGGCGGUCAUCUCGGUACCAGGAGGCGGUGCGUAAGGAUCCAUGUUGUCACUCAUUUCCAACGUCAGCUGAGGGGCCACGGCUCUUCAGCAACGCUCUGCCGCUGUGUUGAUUAAUCAGGCUGAGUUUUGU